CCAAGAGCACGGACGUUUCCAGACGUUUCCACAGACUCCACGACUCCACCAUGACAUCCAGACGCAUAGUGCUCCUCGGGAAAACAGGAGUAGGAAAAAGCAGCUUGGGCAACACCAUCAUUGGACGGAAAGCCUUUGCAAAGUCCCACGGCCCAAACUCUGACACCAGCGGUCGUGUCUCUUCCACCGAGACGGUCCAUGGAAGGGAACUCACUGUGGUCGACUGCCCGGGAUUCUUUGACACGAACCCCAACAAGGUCUCCAACGAUAGAACAAACAUCCUGGGGUGUCUGAAAGACUGCGCCCCGGGGCCUCACGCUUUCCUCUUGCUCCUGAAAGUUGAGAGAUACACAACGCAAGAGCAGAAGGUUAUCGAGUUAAUGCUGAAAUACUUUUCAGAUGAAGCCCUUAAAUACACGACUAUAGUUUUCACUCACGGCGCAAACCUCCCCAAAAAGAUGAAGAUUGAAGAGUGGGCCCGACAAAACGAUGCUUUAAGAGAUCUGCUGGAGAAAUGUGGGAAUCGCUGUCAUGUGUUUGACAACAAAAGGUGGAGAAAACAGAGGCAGGAAGACUAUCGAUACAACGACAGACAAGUUCAGGAUCUUCUCGACACCAUCGACCGGGUGGUUGAGGCUAAUGGUGGUGCAUGUUUCACCAGCGACCUCCUGAAAAAUACAACUUUGUGGGAGAGAUUCAGAGAUGCCCCAGUUGGAGUUCAAGUGGCUCUUAUUUUGGGUGUAGCUGUGGUGGGGUAUCUGUUGUACACGACUGUCCCAUGGGCCCAGAUCUGUGAGUGGGUGGCCGCAAGGGAGGGUCCUAACUGGGCCUGGAAUAACUUGCCCGACAAAGAACGUCUAAUGUACGCUAUUGAUUAUCUCAAAGAACUGAAGAAUCUUUUUCAAGCACUUCAGGAAAUCCGGUUCUCUGGACCCUCCCAGCUCCUGCCCUCCCGGCUCCCGGCUCCGUUCCUGCUCUGCCUCUCCGACCUGGCUUUCAUGGAGGAUCUCAACUGCAGACGCAUAGUGCUCCUCGGGAAAACAGGAGUAGGAAAAAGCAGCUUGGGCAACACCAUCAUUGGAGAGAAUGUCUUUAAUGUUUCCCACGGCCCAAACUCUGACACCAGCGGUCGUCGCUCUUUCACUCAGAGGGUCCAUGGAAGGAAACUCACUGUGGUCGACUGCCCAGGAUUCUUCGACACGGACCCCAACAAGGUCUCCAACGAUAAUUCAGACAUCCUGGGGUGUCUGAAAGACUGCGCCCCGGGGCCUCACGCUUUCCUCUUGCUCCUGAAAGUUGAGAGAUACACAACGCAAGAGCAGAAGGUUAUCGAGUUAAUGCUGAAAUACUUUUCAGAUGAAGCCCUUAAAUACACGACUAUAGUUUUCACUCACGGCGCAAACCUCCCCGUCGGCAUGAGGAUUAAAGACUGGGCCCGACAAAACGAUGCUUUAAGAGAUCUGCUGGAGAAAUGUGGGAAUCGUUGUCAUGUGUUUGACAACAAAAGGUGGAGAAAACAGAGGCAGGAAGACUAUCGAAACAACGACAGACAAGUUCGGGAUCUUCUCAACACCAUCGACCGGGCGGUUGAGGCUAAUGGUGGUACAUGUUUCACCAGCGACCUCCUGAAAAAUAAAUCUUUGUGGGCGAGAUUCAGAGAUGCCCCAGUUGGAGUUCAAGUGGCUCUUAUUUUGGGUGUACCUGCGGUGGAGUGUCUGUUGUACAUGACUGUCCCAUGGGCCCAGAUCUGUGAGUGGGUGGCCAUGGCCGCAAUGGAGGGUGCUGUUUUGGCUCAGAUACAGGAGUCUGAUAAUAGAGAUGCUCGUUUUUAG